GUGAUUGAGGUGAAAACAAAAGGCAAGAGCAGAUAUAUGAUAUUUCGACGUUACAGCCAGUUCUAUAGCUUGCAUGCCAAACUGGAAGAAAGAUAUGGUGCAGAAAGUAAAAAUAGCAGCUUUACCUGCAUACUCCCUACUCUUCCAGGAAAAGUUUAUGUUGGUGCAAAGAAAGAGAUUGCAGACAGCCGAAUCCCGACACUCAACAUAUACAUGAAGAAGCUGCUUAGCUUGCUACCCUGUGUGUUUCUAGAUGAAGAUAUCCGCUUAUUUUUCUGUCAGUCAAAGUUUGAUACUGAACAGAUACCUCAAGGACUGAGAAGGCUACGCCCUCGCACUCGCCGUGUAAAGAGUGUGAGUCCUCAAGAACCAGGGUUUGACAGAUUGGCAGCUCCACGAGUGGAGGCACUGUUUGAUUUUACUGCCUCCAAUAAACUGGAAUUGAGCUUCAAGAAAGGAGACUUGAUCUAUUUACUCAGCAGGGUCAAUAAAGAUUGGUUUGAGGGAACUCUUCGAGAUGCUACUGGAAUUUUUCCAUGUGACUUUGUGUCAGUCAUUAAAGAUCUCCCUCAGGAAGAGGAUCCAAUCAACUGGCUGCGCUGCUAUUACCAUGAUGACAAUGUCAGCUCUAUCAGGGAUAUAUCGGUGGAAGAGGACUUGAGCAGCAUCCCAUUGUUCCAAGACCUAAUGGAGUUAAUCAGGCGUGAAUUUAAGCGGAAUGAUAUUGCUUUGAAUUACCGUGAUGCUGAGGGGGAUUUGAUCCGUCUGCUUUCUGAUGAGGAUGUUGCACUUAUGGUGAUGCAGGGCAGAAGUUGGCCUUCUGAGAAACAUAUCUUUCCAUGGAAACUGCAUGUUUCCAGAGAAGACGAUUACAGCAUUUACCACUCAACAAAGCCUGCCGUUUCCACAUAAAAACCACUAAAAAACAUUCAUAAGGGAACUUGAUGUUUUGACAGAAAGCAAUAAUAAUUAACUGAUUAGACCUGUGUGGAAUCGACCCAUUAAAAAUGAAUUCUGUACAACUGCUUACAAUGCUUUUUUCCCCUUAAAAUUAUGAAGCGUGAAGAAGUCUUAAGGACUCCUAGCCAUUACAUUAAUGUCUGAAGGAGCCAUUACCUCCUUAUAGACAUUACCAGAUUUCAUUGUACCAGACUACCAGUUUUAGUA